AUGGCAGAGGGGAUUCAUACAUUGUUGGUCGACAGUGGUCUCCCUGCUCUCUUGUGGGGCGAAGCAUUGAUGUGGGUCGUGUGGGUUAAGAACAGGGUCACCCACAGUGCUUUGCCUGCCUCCAUCACACCAAUGGAGGUGUGGUCCGGCCAGAAGCUGCAUGUGGGCAUGGCUCGGAUUUGUUGUUGCAUGAGGAGUGUCAUGCUGCAUGGGCAUGAGAAGGGUGGCAAGCUUGAUGCACGGGCUGUCAUGUGUGUCUGUGUUGGGGUGGACAUGGAGAGCAAGGGUUGGCGCAUGCUGGACCCUUCUCUCAUGCGCAUUCGCAUUGCUCGGGAUGUUGAUUUUCUUGAGAAUGUGAUGUGGAAGAACUGGGACAAGGCAAAGGGAUUUGGGGAGCUUCUGCAGGAUGCAGCUGCGAUUUCCCAACUCCUCCCUCUUCCACUCUCGCCACCCUCAGCAACGGCUGACGACGUUGAGAUGCCACCUUCAUCACUGCCACCGGCACCGCUGAUUGUAUCGGUGCAGCAGCAGCUAAGUGGCCCCUCGGUCAUUCAGCAGAGAUCCGCUACACAGGCUACUUCCCCUUCCUCCUCCUCUGGUCAGCGCUCUGUCCCUCUCUCUACGGGUGCCCCUACGUCACCGGCGACUACCUCCCCACCACCGGUUACGGGUUUGCAGGUGCCUGGUAUCCAGUCUAGUACACGUGGUGAGGAGGUAGGGGGGGAUGCUGGUGUGGUUGAGGGAAUGCUGUGUUUGGCUAGGGAGGUGGAAGGUGUUGCAUUGGCAGGUCAAGGAGGUGCUUGCUCAGAGGUACCAGAUGAAGGAUCUAGACCCUCAACGGCCCCUCGCGGCCCCCUUCGCGGCCCCGUCGCCGCCCUUCUAGGCCCUUCGCGACCCCUUCGCGGCCCCGUCGCCGCCCCUAUCGGCCCCUUCGCCAACCUUUCCUGCCCCUCGCGGCCCCUUGGCGGCCCCGUCGCCGCCCCUAUCGGCCCCGUCGCCGCCCCUUGCGGCCCCGUCGCCGCCCCUAUCGGCCCCGUCGCCGCCCCUUGCGGCCCCGUCGCUGCCCCUUUCGGCCCUGCCCCGACCCUGUCGCGGCCCCGUCCCGGACCUGCCCCGACCCUGGCCCUGCCCUGA